AAGUGCCUUCGUACCGAACACGAGCUGACUGCGAGCCCACGUCUAAAUACGUGCGCGUUCUUUCUCUCUCCUCCCUUCUUUCCCGAUUAGCCCCGCAAACGUCGUCUCCGACCUCUCUGCAGCCUCGCAGCAAGCGUCGAAGCGAGUAGCCCAACUCGGACUGGGAUCGCACCGUCCGCCAACUCCCGAAUCCAGGAAGUGCCGCAGCUCAUUGGCAGCCGGCUACCCCGCCUUGCAAACCGACACGCUGCUAAGAACUCGUAUAAUUGCUGUGACUCGGGGGCACAACAGUCAUGGACUGGUUCACGAUUGCCGGCAGCGUGCUGGUUGCAUCACUGCUCUACCUGAUCACGCGGAGUUGGCUAAGCGGCAGGAGCUUGCCACCUGGUACACGUCUGCCUCCAGGUCCACCAGGUCGACCUCUCGUGGGCCAUGUCCAGUUCACGCACAAGGACUUCCAUUGCAACCAAGCCAUGAAAUGGGCCAAGCAGUACGGGCCCGUGUACAGGAUAAGGACCGGUUCAGCUGACAUGGUCAUACUGAACGACUUCCCGUCAAUAAAGAAAUUUCUCACGAAGAAAGAGGUUCUGUACAGACCCCAGAACUGGCUGUUCAGGGGAGAAGUGUACGGUGGUGUGGCGACGCUGAACGGCGACACGUGGGUGGAUAAUAGAAGGUUCUGCCUGCACGUCUUGCGAGAUUUGGGAUUCGGCAAGACAUCCAUGGAGGAACACGUCAAGGAAGAGUGUCAAUGCAUGGUGGAGAAGAUCGCCGAAGCCAAGGGUGCGCCCCUCGCAAUCCAGGAGUACAUCUUCCCGAGCACCUCGAACAACAUCGCGGCGCUGGUUUAUGGUAGCCGGUACCCGUUCGAGCACCCACGCCGGCGGUACCUGGACGAGCUGCUCAGCGAACUGUUCAAGGCAAUUCGAGCUGGCACUCUGGUCGAAUUUCUUCCGUCGUUCGUGCGCAAAGCUGUCACCUGGCUGCCUUCAACGCGACGCACCGUCAUCAAGUCGAAGCUCUUGGAAUUCAUCGAAUACACAAAGGGACAAGUCGCCGACCACAAGGCCACAAUGGACGAGCAUUUCAACCGCGACUUCAUAGAUGGCUACUUGAAAAAAAUUCAGGAACAUGAAAAGGAGCAGAACCCAAAUUUUCAGCAUCGAUUUCUACUGGGCAACGUGCUCAGCUUCUUCAUUGCCGGUUCAAACACGGUGGCCGUGACCAUCCACUGGCACAUGCUCAACUUCGCCAACAAUCCGGACACGCUGCAGGCCAGAGUGCAGCGAGAGAUCGACGAAGUGGUGGGCAGGGAGAGGCAGCCGACGUGGGAGGACAGGAACAAGAUGCCCUACACGAUGGCCUGCAUCUGGGAGAUGUACCGAUGGAAGACCGUGUCCCCACUCGGUGUGCCUAGGGGUGCCGGCGAAGACACCACGUUCGACGAGUACUUUAUUCCCAAAGGAACCACCGUGAUUCCCAACGUGUGGGCCGUACACAACGAUCCAGCGCUGUGGAAGGAGCCGUCCAAGUUCGACCCGACGCGAUUCUUCAAAGAAGACGGCUCCCUCAUCCAGCCGAAACCCGAACACCUGAUUCCCUUCUCUAUCGGGAAAAGGAUGUGCCCCGGCGAAAUUCUGGCUUCGGUCGAGAUCUUCUUGUACAUCACCUGUAUUCUCCAGAAGUACCGAAUCCUGCCCGAAGUUGGGAAGAUCCACGAUCUCGACUCUAUCGACAUUCCUCUCGUAGAACUGAACCACUACAAGUUGACAUUUACGCCGCGGUAGACGCGCCAAGAAAACUUUGCCCAGCGCACAACUUAAAGCACUGCUGGUUUUGUUCGUUUCUUCGUGUGUGUUCUGUCUCACAAUAAUAAUACCAAUUUUCAGUGUUUCUUCUAUUAAAGAGAGAAACAUUUUAAUGAAAAGCUAGAAAUGUUUGCCUGGCUAUUCGCCUGACAUGCUACUCCAGGUGCUGGGCGACGAUUAUGAUGUAUACACUGAUAAACGCAUAACACAUACAGCCACACACACGUAGACUACACUGUUUACAAAGUUUUGUUCAGGCUCGUAGCCCGCAAGAAAGUCAACAGCGCUUUCGUGGCACGUAGCGCACAGUUGCUGCUUUGCCAUGGGCCCAGAAUAUGUCGCAACUCUAAGCAUGAUCUCCGUUGAAGAUGCAAGGCCGCCUUCAGAGACUGUCUCUCUGAUGCGUAUCGCUUGCAGUCACAAAUAACAUGAUUCAGACUGGUGAGUCCGACAGCUUGAUCUUGCUCCUGACAUAGUUGGUGUAUGCGACGUUUAGUCUGAUGCGGUGCAAGCGUGUUUCCUCUUGUCUGUUUAGGUCUCGCGGCAAAUUGAUUAGUGAGAAAAGGAGCCAUCCUAACAACUUCUGAAACACCCUUCACAAUUGAGUGUUUGCAAUUGAGUGUUUGUAAAAUAUUUCGUCUGAAAUAUGAAUCUUGUUUUUUUCUUUUUUUGUCAACGCUGUGAUUUGGCUGAGGCGUGUCAAAUCCUCUACAGAUGUGUAUUUUUUCAAUUAAACAUUCGUAUGCC